ACCUGCAAAACACAAGGAAAAGGAUUUCAAUCACAGCCUUUCUGUGUGUAUUUGGGUCUCUGGGGGCUAGUCCAGGACCUGGCUCAUGGGCCUGGGAGGGAACUCUUCUCCCCUAGCUUCUAAAGAUGAGCCUUUUUAUUUUCAAAGUCCUUUUCCCCCAGGUUUCUGCACGAUUCCCUCCCAGCUCUUCACCAGCCCAGGGUAUUGAUCUCAGCAGGGUCACCAGUAAACUUCAAAGGGACUCACACUUGUACUGCUGGUUUAGGACCAUGAAUAGCACCAUCUGAGCCUUAUCAUUUCCCCUCUGCCUCCACGGGAGAUAAGGGCACCCUUAAGGGCAGGAACCCUCCAGCCAUCUCGCAGCCAGGCUGGUGACAGUCACACCACAGCCAGUUAUCACGUUUUCCCAAAACCAUUUCUGUUUCUCCAGAGCUGCCCCUGCAGCACCGUCGUGCACCCAACUGGCCACAGGAGAGGAGAGAAAGAUCAUUGAGAGGAGCACUCCUUUGUCUGGUAAUACCCUGAUUUCAUCAGGGCAGAUAAAAUCAGAAUGACUGUGACUCACCACUACUACUAUACAAUUUUUCAUGGUGUCACAUCAUAUUUGAAGGGACAAGGGGAUAAGUGAAACAUUAACUGAGACGUUACAUUUCGGGCUGGUGACACAGCCAUAAGGCACUAGGGCUGCAUUUAAACAGCUGGAAAAUCGAGACCCACUUUCCAUUGUAAUUUUCCAUGCGUUAGCAAUAGGUUUGGUUACAGCUGCCUGGUUACGAGUACCUGCACUUAGGUAAAAUUUCACUCGUGUAACAACCCAGCUUCUGAUCCAAACCAAAUCUCCUUCUUGCCUGGUGCUGGGCAAACACAGCAAUUCCAACCUCCUCACCGUGCCAGCUGCACCACUGGGCACCGGCCUGCUGGUGGCAAUCCCUGGAUCAGGGACGAUCCCUGCUCAUGAGGUGCUGGCGGGUGGAUGGAGAAGGGGAGGCUGCCCAACACCGUUUCCAUGAUGCUGAUGGCAGAGGGGACAUUGCUUUGCUCAGAUGUCCUGUUCCUGCCUCUGUAUUAGGGGACUCACCUCCCAGACAGCAGCUAGGGGGUCCUAAACCAUCGUCCCACAAGGAGUUCCCCAAUCCAUAACCCACCGGGGGUCUCUGGACCUCUGGUGACCCAUUGAUCUCCUUGGGUCUCCCCAGGGGAUCCCCAUCCCAGAGCGGAUGAGCAGGAGAGCUCCAGAUGUCGGUGAACCAACGGGUGGGGGGGGGGUGGGGGAGCUUCUCUUUGCACAGCAGAUCCCCAAACCACCAACACCUACAGCGGAUCCCCAAACCCCCCAAAACCCCGCGACGGCCUCUGGCCAACACGUGCGUGCGGAGAAUCCCCCGCUGCCGACUCUGGGGUCCCGCUCCCGUCCGGCGGAGCUCCCGUGGCACGGAGCCGCCCGUUCCGAGCCGUAGCGGGCCGUACCGAGCCGUUCCGCCCCGUGCCGUGCCGUUCCGCCCCGCCCACAGCCCCACAGCGGGCCCGGGGGCGGAGGCGGCCGGGCCGGCCGUGCCCUCCCGGCGGGCGGCGGGGGCGCGGGCGGUACCGGCGGCCAUGGCGGCGGCGCGGUGCGUGCGGGGCGCCCGGCGCCUCCUGCCCGCGGGAGCACGGCACGAGUGCUUCGAGCUGGCCCGCCUGGCGGGGCCCGUGUUCUUUGCCCAGCUGCUGGGGUUCCUGAUCAGCGUGGUCAGCUCCAUCUUCUGUGGCCACCUGGGGGAAGCUGAGCUGGAUGCUGUGACCCUGGCUGUGUCUGUUAUCAACGUGACAGGGAUCUCCAUCGGUUCUGGCUUAGCCUCAGCAUGUGACACGCUGAUGACCCAGACAUAUGGCAGCAAGAACCUGAAGCAGGUGGGCACCAUCCUGCAGCGGGGCAUCCUCAUCCUGCUGCUGUUCUGCUUCCCUUGCUGGGCCCUCUUCAUCAACACUGAGAAGAUCCUCCUGCUCAUCCGACAGGACCCCGAGGUCUCCAGGUUAACUCAGCUCUACGUGAUGAUCUUUAUUCCAGCACUUCCUGCGGCGUUUCUGUUCCAGCUGCUGACGAGAUAUUUACUGAGUCAGGCGAUCAUUAUGCCUCAGGUGGUGACGGGGGUUGCAGCCAACAUCCUCAAUGCAGCCAUGAACGCCUUCCUCCUCUAUGCUCUGAAGCUGGGCAUGGUGGGCUCUGCCUGGGCUAACAUGGUUUCUCAGUACACCCAGGUCAUCCUCCUCAUCCUCUACAUGUGGUGGAGGAAGAUCCAUGUGAAGACCUGGGGAGGCUGGAGCAGGGAGUGCCUCCUGGACUGGGGCUCCUUUGUCUGGCUGGCAGUGCCUAGCAUGAUCAUGCUGUGUGUUGAGUGGUGGACCUUUGAGAUUGGGAGCUUCUUGGCUGGGCUGAUCAGUGUGGUGGAGCUGGGUGCACAGUCUGUCAUCUACGAGCUCGCCUGUGUCGCGUACAUGGUGCCUCUGGGCAUCAGCGUGGCUGCAAGUGUCAGAGUGGGGAAUGCCUUGGGAGCAGGGAAUGUGGAGCAAGCCAAGACCUCCUGCAACACUGCCCUGCUGUGCACAGGAGUUUUCGCUGUGGUGGUUGCAGUAUUACUGGGGAGUGUAAGGAACGUGGUGGGAUACAUCUUCACCAAUGACAAGGAGAUUGUCAGCUUGGUGUCCAAAGUGAUGCUCAUCUUUGGUCCGUUCCACUUGCUGGAUGCAACAGCAGCCACGUGUGGCGGGGUGCUGCGGGGCACGGGCAGGCAGAAGCUGGGCGCCAUCGCCAACGCCAUCGGCUAUUACACCAUCGGCUUCCCCGUGGGCAUCUCCCUCAUGUUUGCAGCCAAGAUGGGGGUGUUAGGUCUGUGGGUUGGGAUGAUCAUUUGCAUCUCCGUGCAAGCAAUUUCCUUCUUGGCUUUUGUCAUCCGAAUGGAUUGGAGGAAAGCUGCAGAGGAGGCUCAAGUCCGAGCUGGAAUGAAAGAACAAGUGGAAGAUGUGAACUCCAAUGGCACAGCUGCUAAAAAAACAUCUGCUGUGGGUUACACCUCCCUCGACACGGACACUGGGGACACCGCAGUCCUGCCCGAGAGCAUCGUGAUGGGCGAGAGGCAGCCUGAGCACGAGCUCAGCACACAGCAGGCUGUUGCUGUGCCUGUUCUUGCCCCUGUGGCAUGGAGAGCUGUGAUCCUCCGCCGUGUGCUGGCUGCUGCUGUUGCCAUCGCUGUGCUGGGGGUGGGAAUCCUGGUCCGGUUCCUGACUGGCAGUGGCUAAAGCCAGGGGCACGGGGGAGCUGUGCAGGGAGCAGGAGGGCACGUGGCAAUGUCCCACAGGAUGGGGUGUGGAAGGAAUUCCCCCGCAGUGCCUUACAAAAAGUCCCUCUGCACCGUUUCUGGUUAACUCACCAUGUUUUAUCCCACACGCAGAGUUCUUCAAGGGGGUGAGGAUGUGGCACCUGGGAAAAAAAAAAAAAAGUGCUUGAGAGCUGGUUCCUCUCCUGCACUGUAUGGGAUGUCACUUGUGAGAGGUGGGAGUGUAUCCUGGGGCUGACCCAGGAAGGAAACAGGGUCCUGGUGCUGCUUGCUCAUGGCAGAGGCUCCUGCUGCCCACAGCACAUUUCCUCACAUGCCAGCCUGUACCAGCACCUUGGGGUGGCAAAUCCCACUUGAAGCCAUUGUGGCAGCACAGAACACAAUGGAUUUUGCUGGAAGAUGUCUGACUCUGCUGUUGGAUGCUGGCUGCUGGCCCUGACCCUGCUUUCUCUCUGCAGGGUAGGCACAGGGCCUAAAGCAACUCUUCUUUGCACUUUUGUAAGGUGGGAUUUUGAUACAAUAAAGUUUUCUGAGUAAAUGUUA